AAUAUAUCGGACUAUCUAAUUCAAAGUAAGUAGUAUGUGCCUUAGCGUAGCACCUGCCUUGGUUUGACCUGCUAGUUCUACUUCCAUCGAGUCUCUCCCCACUAUAAUCUGCCUCAUAGAACGGCAGUGUGGCAUACAGGUAAUAAUUACCUCUGCGAAAGAUAAUGGGAUGAGACCGGAUAUGAAUUGUGGCACCAGGCUUACGAGUCAGUCUAAUGGAAUCAAUGCAGCCUCAAAAGCAGUAUUUCGAGCCUUUUGGGAGAAAAUUUUUCAUUUGUGUGAACAACCGUCCUGGAGAUGUUGUGACCGCUCACAUGCAAUUCCAUGUAUAAUGGUCAGUUUAUGCCUUAGGCAGACCGGUGAUCCUCUGACCUCAUCACUAAGCAGGCCGCCGCGCAGCACAGACCAACACGCCAAACCUGCUUACCUCAGAUCGUACGAUUUAAACCACUUCUCCAACUGCGCGAAUUCCUUCGUCCUUUUGUUUUCUUUCUCUCUUGGUUGCAAUCGUUGUGCUUCCGCAAUGGGACCCGCGGACAAUGGUCGACCCAUGACUACCACUGCCCCUGACCCUCAACUCUCUACUUUGAUGUUGGUAGAGCGGGCGAAUGGCCACUGCGGGGCGGUAGUCUGGAUGGUUCAACUCCACACGGGGCGAACCCGGGUUCAAUGGUCACCUUUGGCUAUGGUACCUCGAUUGGCUUCUCGAACUAUGAUGACUCUUUCUCUUUGGCAUGAUGCAGGCUUAAGAUGUCUGCUAUGAGUGCUCCAUUCCAAAAUAUCAAGCUCAACAGUCUGAGUUCGGAGAGGACAAGUAGCUAGUCGGCGGCCGAUACUUGUAUGUGUUGUUGGAGACUCAGAGAACGACAAGAUAUGUCUGUGCGUUGUCGGUCUUUUUCACGCAUUUAUCUUUUCUUCGUAGGAAAUGCAUAAAUAGGUAUUUCGUG